UUGGAACUAUCUUCUUGCUUAUUGGUCAUUUUGUUAUGCUAUCUCUUUGCUUCACAUUUCGGAUCUUCGAGGUACCGUCUCCUGCGCUGAAUUCCGGCUUCCGACCUGACGUCUGGGUGACGAGACCGAGGGAAGGCAGAUUCUCCUAAGCUCUGGCUGAGUCAACACUACCUAGACUCGCCUCUGCCUCCAGAAGUAUUCUCUCGUGAAGCCCUGCUCACCGCUCGCUUUGGGGGACCUGAACUAGUCUCCUGGCAGUCGUGUCUAGCCAGCCUGAGUCCAGACCAGCCUUUGGAUGAAGCACCAUACUACUCGGGCUUGUUGGUGGUUCUGCAUCCACUCCUGUUUCAAUCCUGGUCAUCGCUGGAUACCGCUCUGCUUACUCUCCACCCUACACCCUGCUUCAUUCCUCGUCCUCUUCUUGGGGUCCUGUACCCGUGUGCUGCCCGGGACGGCCGUGUGUGAAGUGGAUGGGUGUGGUACCAGCGCUAGAGCAGCUACCUCUCUAAGGGAGCGACCAACGUCCAUAUAGAGCUAGUUGAGUUGGGAAGAGAUGGGACUCGAGUGACGAGUUACGUGAGUUUGUUUCUACUCGGCAAGCGUUGCAACAAGACGAACGACAGAAGGAAAGUGAAGAGAGGAAAGGGAACAUGCCCUUGCCAUGUCCGAAUUAAAGCUCAAGUUGUCACUGCAAGAAUAAGUCAGAUUCAGUGAUCUUGCCUGGGGAUUGUGGGACUGUUCCCCGACCUUCUCUACCAGUCUAUCAAGAUGAUCUGACAUCCUACUUCACACGUUUUGAACUCCUUGCUGCCCUGCUCAACAUUCCUCAGGACCAGUAUGCCAUUCAACUGGGUGGUCUUCUCUCUGGUAAGCUAGCAGAAAUCUACACUACCUUGGCUGAUAACGUAAUUCGUGACUACCCUAAACUUAAAUCCUCUCUCCUUAGAAGCUUCAGUCAGUCCGCUGAGCACUAUCGCCACAUGUUUCGUUCUGUCCGGAUCAAACCUGGUAUAAGAACCUUCUUGAAAGAAAACUACGUGCAGACCUUGGACGACGCUGUCAAACGUGCAGAUAUUUGGGCAGCUGCCCAUCGUGCUUACCCGAGACACACACCCCAGCUGGACAUAAGAAGCCGUCACAUACAUCUCCAACUACUACCGACCAAGCUUCUCGCCUAUGUCCUCCACCGGCCAGGAAGUCUUCCACACCCAUCAGGUGUCACAAUUGUGGGGAGCCAGGACACGUUCGACCUUGAUGUCCCCAAAAUCCAGCUUUGUUCAGGACUGGUAGCACUCCUCAACCAGACAAAGGAAGAUUGGACUCCUUCCUCAGAUACGAUGCUACCUUCGCUGUCCCUUAAGGUUAUGUUGAUGCUGUUCGUGCUCCAAUCAAGUUCUGUAGUGUUCUGCUUGGUAAUGUGGAAGGAGUGAGCACACCAGACGAGAACAUGAAAAAGGCUUGUCUGCCUUGGCAUUGUUCACCUGUCCCUGAGAAGGUUCAAGCAGUUGAAACCCAGAGCCGCGUGGCACGAAGAAUUCAUCCCCUUGUGCUACCAGAACUCCAACCUAAUAACAUUACUCCCCGGGAAUUUUCUCGCCUGCAGAAUUCAUGUUCCUCCCUUCAGGCUCUCCGUCUUAGUUCAUCAACUGGUGAAGAAGAGGUAACUCGCAGUGGUUCGAAGUUUUCCUAAGUUUUCUGAUGAACUACUCUACCGAGUGUGCCGCUCUUCUAGCAACCAAGAACAAGUGUAAAAGACGUUGGUCAUCCCUGCUGAGUGUCGUCGCCUGGUGCUGUCUCUUGCCCAUGAGGGUCCAAUGUCAGGACUCUUCUCCCACAUAGAGGUAAGGUUUACCACCAUUUCUAUUGGCCUGGGGUAGGUGACAUCACAGGUUUUUGUAAGUGUUGUGAUAAAUGUCAACGUAUGUCAGCAAAAGGAAGAGUGCGCCCUGUCCCUUUACGGCCUCUACCUAUCACUGAACCGUUCUCAAGAGUGGCUAUUGACAUCGUGGGUCCCUUGUCUCCACCAUCUGAAGGCCAUCGUUACCUCCUAACUUUAAUUGAUUUUGCAACCGGAUUCCCAGAAGCCGUACCUCUCCGAGAAAUAACCUCUACUGCUAUUGCAGAAGCCUUGUUGUCCAUCUUCUCCUGGGUUGGCAUCCCUCGAGAAAUACUCGGACCGUGGGACCCAGUUCACGUCACAACUGAUGGGUGAGCUCCAUAAGCUUCUGGGAGUAAAACCGCUAUUCACCACCUUACCAUCCCAGUGGUAACGGAAGAGUGGAAAGGUUCCACUCCACUCCACUCUGAAGGCAUGCCUCCAGAAACUCUGCUCUGAAAAACCGCGUGAAUGGCACCGUUAUCUCCCUGCCACCUUGUUCGCUUUGAGGGAGAUGCCAAGUGACAGGACCAGAUUCUCGUCUUUUGAGCUUCUUUAUGGUAAGACAGUUAGAGGACCUCUUGCAGUUCUACGGGAUUUGUGGGAGGAUAAAUCACUCGGAUAAUUGUUCCUGUUUUCAAUAUAUAAUAGAGCUGAAAGACGAAUUGGCUGAAUCCUCCCGGAUC